ACUCACCACAUGCAUCGAGCUGGCAGGCGUAGGGGGAGCUAGCGAGCAUGGAUGAGCCGGGCAGCAUGAACAGCAGCCUGCAGAGGAAGAAGCCGCCAUGGCUCCAACUGGACAUCCCCACCAUCCGCCUGACACCAGACGACACGCCGGCACCCACACAGCCGGUGAGGCGCCUGCGCAGUGUCAGCAUGCCAGGUGAAAACCCUCAGACCUGCAUCGCUGCCUUGGAAGCCUCCAACAACUACCUCAGACCCCCAAUGGAGAGACUGCCAUCCUUCACACAGUCCAUCAAGAGUGGGAAACGGGUGCGUUUUGAGCGGGUCAACACGGUUCCCCCAAAGGGACAGAGGGGGCCUCGGAGGGUGUCAACCGUCCGAAGGCGGUCCUGCAUCCCGAAAAUACUGAGCCGACGGCGGUCAUCUAUACCCAAACAGAUCAUCAGGGGUACGGCUGACUGGUUUGGGGUGAGCAAAGACAGCGACAGCACCCAGCGAUGGCGGAGGAAGAGCCUCCAGCACUGCAGCCAUCUGUACGGGGGGCUGAAGCCACAGGUGAUGAGGGAGAUGGAGCUCCACAGCCUGGACAACCUGUCCCUGGCCAGCACUGAGACCCCUCCUCCCCUCUACCUCCCACCCCACCACCCCAGUCACCACCACUAUGGCAUGCAGAGGAUCGUAGACCCCCUGGCCCGGGGUCGUGCCUUCCGCAUGGUGGAAGAGGUAGACGGCUUCAGUGUCCCGCAAACUCCCAUCACGCCCGGCACCGCCUCCCUCUGCUCCUUUUCCAGCUCCCGCUCCGCGCUGAACCGGUUGCCAAGAAGACGCAAACGGGAGUCUGUCGCAGUCAUGAGUCUGAAGGCUGCAGCCGCACUUAUGAAGGGCCGGACGAUAGGCGACGGCACGGCCGGGCGAUGUCGCAGACGGAGUUUUAUGCCCCCUAGUUUCUUUGAAGACGACACCAUAGACUUCGCUGAUGAUCUGGACUCUUCUUUCUUCACCAGAGAAGGCCUGCAUGAUGAACUGUCGAGCUACGCAGAUGAUGUUUUUGAGACGCCAUCGGAAGCCGCCAUCGAACCGCUGGAUGAGAGCGAGCUCACAGGAAGUGCGCUGGACAAAAACGAGCUGGAGAGGAGUCACCUCAUGCUGCCCUUGGAGCGAGGAUGGCGGAAGGCGAACAACGGCUCUCUGGUUCAGCCUAAGGUGCGUCUGAGACAGGAAGUGGUGAGCGUCAGCAGCCGUCAGCAGCGAGGACAACGGAUCGUAGUUCCUGUGAAGAAGCUGUUUGCCAAAGAGAAGAGGCCGUACGGGCUCGGCAUGGUGGGUCGCCUCACCAACCGGACGUACCGCAAGCGCAUCGACAGUUACGUCAAACGACAGAUGGAAGACAUGGACGAUAACAGGCCUUUUUUUACCUACUGGAUCACUUUCGUCCAUCUGCUCGUCACCAUCCUGGCCGUCGCUAUCUACGGCAUCGCCCCUUUGGGCUUCUCACAGCAUGAAACUGUCGACUCGGUUUUGAGGAACAAGGGAGUUUAUGAAAACGUUAAAUUUGUGCAACAACAAAACUUCUGGGUCGGUCCGAGCUCAGAGGCGCUGAUCCACCUCGGAGCCAAGUUCUCUCUGUGCAUGCGUCAAGACGAAGAGAUCCACAAACUGAUCCAGGAGAAGCGAGCCAGAGAGGGGGAGUCGGGCUGCUGUGUGAGGAACGAUCGCUCCGGCUGCCUGCAGACCUCACAGGACGAGUGCUCGAGCACCCUGGCGGUGUGGGUGAAGUGGCCUCAGCACCCCAGUGCUCCUUAUCUGAACAACACACUACGACAACAUGGUGCCGUCUGCCAUCAGGACCCUAGGAUUUGCCUGGAACCGGCCUCAGUUUCCCCUCACGAGUGGCCUGAUGACAUCACCAAGUGGCCAGUCUGUACACGGUACAACUCUGGGAACCACACCAACCUCCCCCACAUCGACUGCACCAUCACAGGCCGGCCCUGCUGCAUCGGCACCAAAGGACGAUGUGAAAUCACUUCCAGAGAGUACUGUGACUUCAUGCACGGCUAUUUCCACGAGGAGGCUACUCUCUGCUCACAGGUGGCCUGCAUGUUUGAUGUGUGUGGUCUGCUGCCUUUCCUCAACCCGGAGAUCCCAGACCAGUUCUCCAGACUCUGGCUGUCUCUCUUUCUUCAUGCUGGGAUCCUGCACUGCCUGGUGUCGGUGUUUUUCCAGAUGACGGUGCUGCGAGACAUCGAGAAGCUGGCGGGCUGGCUGAGGAUCUCCAUCAUCUACAUGCUGAGCGGCAUCACCGGAAACCUCGCCUCCGCCAUAUUCCUGCCCUACAGAGCGGAGGUGGGUCCUGCAGGCAGUCAGUUCGGCAUCCUGGCCUGUCUGUUUGUGGAGCUGUUUCAGAGCUGGCCGAUCCUGGAGCGGCCGUGGAGAGCGUUCGCCAAGCUGCUGGCCAUCUCCAUCUUCUUCUUCUCCUUCGGUCUGCCCUGGAUCGACAACUUCGCCCACAUCUGCGGAUUCGUGUCGGGAUUUUUCCUGUCCUUCGCCUUCCUGCCAUACAUCAGCUUUGGGCAGUCGGACAUGUACAGGAAGCGGGUGCAGAUCUGCGUUUUCCUGCUGGUCUUCCUGGGUCUGCUCGCCGCGCUGGCCGUCCUCUUCUACGUCUACCCGGUUAAGUGUGACUGGUGCGAGUACCUCACCUGCAUCCCCAUCACCGACAAGUUCUGCGACAAGUACGACCUGAACGCUCACCACCUCUGAACACAAGCCCCGGAAAAUAAAAGCACGGACACUAUAGAGAGAUAAAUGUCAUCUGUACGGAUGCUGGACUGCAUGUUGAUGAUGUUCGUUGAGGAACUGCUUGUCACAUUUCCUGGAAUAAUGACCAGGAUUUCAUGUGGAUGUGUUUGUUCACUGUCUGGAAAGGUACAGCAGCCCUAUUAAGAGUAGAGGCUGUGCAUUAAAGCCUUCAGGUAAUUUAAUGAAGGUACUCACAUUCAUGGGAGACAAACUUUGAAUGGAUUACUGUGUGAUUGAUCUCUCGCUGGGCUAAUCAGUGACAGUCACACUUGGAGGAGUUGUUUCCUGCCUAAAUAUUGACUUUAUUGUGUGGUAAAGAAGGACUAAACAGUACCGCUUAGUGGCCAAAAGGAGCAGUACAACCAGAGACACUGAAGUGAAUAAGCGGGGAGCUUUUUUUUUGUACUUUUGUUUACUGAUGUCCAAACAAUUUGUCCAUUUACUGGAUCACGCCAAGAAAUGAGUCUACAAAAUGUGCCUUAUUGACACAAAACCCACACACUUACACAUCUUUGUGCCAUGAAUCACUUUGUGACAGCGGUUUCUGAGGUUUUGGGUCCUUUUCCUUAACCUUUGCUGUGUCACACAAUCUGACAAACUCAUUUAAGAAAAAUGGAGUUUAUUUGUUGGCUGAAUUUAGACUUUUUGUUAUUUUUGUACCACUCUGGAAAGUGUCCGCCACAGCCUUUAAAGCACUUAAAUCACAAAUGCAUUUUUAGCCAAGUGUAAAACUCACCCCUGUAUGUUAAUCUGCUCAGUAUGAAUGACUCUCACUGAGGUGAAUAUGUGUUUUUACUCAAUAUGGUGGUGUUUUAGCUACCUGACAAUAAACAGAAGAAAGCACGGA